UGACCUUUCCGAAAUAUAUAUGACGUCUUUUACUACAGUACUUGUAUAAAUUUAGGUGUCCCUGUGAAGUUUGAGCCGGCCCUGCUGAUACAUGUACUUAUAUUUGCUGGUUAAAAGAUUCUACAGAUAUGGCGCUUGCUGAUGGAGAUCUUCCAGGACGAAUAAUUCUGCCGCUGAUUACAUUGGGCGGGAUUGCUCUUUGGAUGAGUUACUACGGAUUUUUGGGUAAAAGACCAAGAAGUAAAGUUCAAUUCUGCUCAGGAGCUGGUCGACUUAUCGAAAAGUAUUCGGUACCUUUGUACGAAGAAAAAGAGAAAGCUUUAUCAGAGGUUCAUGACGCAAAGGAGGAUCACUUCAGUCAACUUCCCGAUGAUGUUUUGUCUUCCAUUCUCGCACAUUUGACAGUUACAGAGGCUGUUAGGACGAGCGUUUUAUCUAAAAGGUGGAAAUAUCUCUUUGCCUCUAUGCCUACAUUGGAAUUCAGAUGCCUUAACAUGUUUGGGAUUGGCCCUAGCGGACACAGUCGUUGCCCUUAUUAUCAGCAAAAAUUAUUGAAAGGAGUAAAUCAGUUAUUACAACUUUAUUUGGGUCGUAAAGUGGCUAAUGUUGAGAUGACCUUUUGCUUGGGGAGAGAGUUUUCUAGUGAAUUUGACCAAUGGAUGCAUUCUAUUUCAAGAUUAGGUGUUGAAAGACUAUGUCUUUCUUUUGAUUGUGGAACUAAUCACCCCAUCUACGACUCCAAUCCCAUCCGCGACCCCAACAAGUUGUUCAAAUUUUCUCUUGAGCUUCUCUCUCCGGCAUCCUCAUUGACAUAUUUGCUUUUGAAAAAUUGUGUUGUCCAACCAAGGACUGGAGUCCAUCUUAACUCCGUCAGGACCCUUAGUUUAUCGGGUGUUCUGUUAGAAAGAGGACAGCUUGAGGGUAUCUUUUCCUCUUGUUCGAAUCUUAACCGGUUAAUGCUAGACUAUUGCAGACUUCCUGAUAAGCUACAAAUCUCUGGUACAGUAACAUCCAUUGUUUUCUUUGUUUGUGGCGGAUUGGAAGAGAUUGACCUUCGGGCUAAAAAUCUUCGUUUGUUUGAGUGUAUAUUUUUUAGCAAGGUAAGAUUUUAUUUUUCUUGUGUUCCCAUGUUGGAAAAUGUAAUGAUUAAUUUUAGAGGAGCCACUGCAAUGCCAUACAUAUUUGGUGAUUUUGCAAGCGAUUUACCUGCUCAGGUUAAAUCUUUAACAGUCAAAGCUGACCGGUCUCAGAUAAACUGCUUCCCAACAGAGAUAAAGAUGUUCAGAAACCUUAGGGAGCUAACCUUGGUACUUGUGUUCACAUACGAGUUUGACAUAGUCAAAAUUUCCCCUAUCUUAGGCGCCUGUCCUCUUCUUCGCUAUGUGCAUGUAAUACAAGCGAGGACAGAAAGGAGCGUAAGAGAAAGUUGCAUAAGGCCUCCUUUAUCUCCUAUAUAUCACACUGAGCUAAAAGAAGUGACAUUCGGGGGAUUUUAUGGAACCAGAGCAGAGAUCGAAUUUGCUCUUUAUAUUCUAAGAAGUGCAAUGGUACUUGAACAAAUGUUUCUCAGCCCAUGUUUUACAUGUUACUCUGGUAGUUUUACAUGGGAGAUAGAGCAUCAUUUUUUGCUAGCUGAAAGAGAACGUAACUCAAUCGAACAAGAACUGCAUGGCCAAGCUAUCUCUAGGAAUGCUGUGGUGAUCAUCCAAUAGGUUCUUGUACAAAUACUAUAUCAGCUCUCCAUUGUCAUCAGUGGUAUGUGAACUUAAAGAGGUUAUGGAAUUACCUAUUUAUUUGUUAUUGCUAAACAAAGACUAUGUUUUAUGAUUUUUCAAUGGUAGCAGACUCAUGCUUUAAUGAGGAGGCAUUGCCUGCUUGUAUUGCAUUUUCUUUUGUCCCCUUAGAAUGGAUAGUUGGCCUUAA